AUGAUACCCAUCAACAGCGUUACCAUCGUCGCGCCCAUGCCUACUGAUGGUGUGACGCUUGAGGAGGCCAAGUCUUGGAUCGAGGAGCUGGGUGCCGUGUAUCACAAACGCGUCAGGGCCUCCACGAGUGUUGUAUGCACUACGCACCACCAAAUGCGGUAUUGCAACCGACAAGUCCUCGGUGCUUCUCAGCAAGAAAGUUUCCUGGUUGGCUUGAAUUGGCUGUUUGAUUCCUGGGAUAAGCAUGAGUUUCUGGACCCUAAUAAGUAUGGAAUAGGUCCGGAAAGCGAUAGCUCGCCGUUCGUCUUAGACGGAUGCUUAAUCACCAUCACGCCGACAUAUCCAACAAGCAAGGAGACGGAUAACUUGAAUAGUGUCCGCAAUGCCAUCGUUAGACUUGGAGGGAGUUUGGACUUUAGCGGUGACAACCUCGACGGCAUGACGCACCUAUGUAUCUCUGAAUCAGAAGUCCCACAAAGGUCUGCUCUGAUCGAUAUUGUGUGCUCGUACAACAGAGAGCUGCAAAAAAGCCCAAAUAUGAGUCAUAAAUUCAUCAAGAUUGUUCAACACGAUUGGUUGAAGAAAUGUCUGGACACUAAAACGAAGUUGGAUGAGGAAGAGUGGCUGUUGACAGUUACAGCUGUUGCAGAUGAUGGUAAACUCAGGUCUGUCCCCAGGAGGCACCAUCGCUCGCUCGACGAAAGGAGCGAGGAUGAGUCCAGUUCGGAGUCCAGCGGAGACGAUAGUGCAGACGAGUGUAUCAAGGACGGCAGAAUGAGGGAUAGCGGUAUGCCUUAG